AUUUUGACAAGAAGGAAUGGCUUCAGUCGACAUGAAAUAAGUACUUACCUUCUACCAGUGGUGAUAUCGGACAAUGACUACCCAAUCCAGAGCAGCACUGGCACGCUGACCAUUCGAGUGUGUGCCUGUGACAGCCGGGGGAACAUGCAGUCCUGCAACGCAGAGGCUUUGCUCCUCCCUGCUGGCCUCAGCACCGGGGCGCUGGUUGCCAUUCUCCUCUGCAUCAUUAUCCUGCUAGUUAUAGUGGUGCUGUUUGCUGCUCUAAAGAGGCAACGAAAGAAGGAGCCUUUGAUCCUCUCUAAAGAGGACAUCAGAGACAACAUUGUGAGUUAUAAUGAUGAAGGUGGUGGAGAGGAAGACACCCAAGCCUUUGAUAUUGGCACACUGAGGAAUCCUGCAGCUAUCGAAGAUAAGAAGCUUCGACGAGACAUUCUCCCUGAGACGUUAUUUGUACCACGGAGGACUCCUUCAGCACCAGAUAACACAGAUGUCCGAGAUUUCAUUAACCAAAGGCUUAAAGAGCAUGAUACUGAUCCUUCUGCACCACCGUAUGACUCACUUGCAACCUAUGCCUACGAAGGAAAUGAUUCAAUAGCUGAAUCCUUGAGCUCCUUAGAGUCGGGUACUACCGAAGGAGACCAAAACUAUGAUUACCUCCGAGAAUGGGGCCCUCGGUUUAAUAAGCUAGCUGAAAUGUAUGGUGGAGGAGAAAGUGACAAAGACACUUCUUGACCUACAGUAGGCUACAUUUUUGUUUCCUUUGAGCGGAAGUAAUUUUACAGACACCUUCUGCACUCAACAGUAUUUAACAUUCAGGAAAAUUUUCCUGCCACUCAGCACAAUGGUUUCCUUUUAAAAAUUGUUUUUAAUUUGUCCAUUAAUGUCAUUCAUUCUUUCUAGUAGGAUACCACUUGGAAUAUAUACAGCAUUUUAUUUAAUCACCUUCCAAGAGCCAAAGCUAUGGAAAUUCAGUGUUGUCCAUUUUAGUAAGUAAAAUAAAAAUACCUUACCUUCAGAAAUUUGAACAGGGUGAUAAUCCCUUAAGCAACCUCAUGUACAAGCCGCUUCUGUUAGGUACAUGUCAUAUCCUUGCAAGUGCAGCUUUUAAGAUGGCAAAGAAGAAAAAAUCCAAUAUGUCCUGUUCUGUACAUUAAAAUUAAAACAAAAUGUACACGUGGUGUUAAUAAGUGUAAUAUGCAGCUGGUUUAAAAAAAAGUUUGUGCAACUCCAUUUCAUCAAAUUCUAUCUGCCAAUGUUUUAUAUUUAUAUUUUUGUAUUUAUUUUUAAGAAAUAAACCAGGUUUUACAACUAUGUUGAUGCUUCCCUGCCUGUUCUGGCCAUCAGUUCCAGGCUUGAAGAGAACAUGACAUUUCUCCGAUGACAGCACAGCCAACUGCUAGUACUUCUGUGCUGCAGUAUUCUCCAUACAUUUAACACAAUCUGAAGUGCUUGCGCUCACAGGGAGAGGAUCAAGUUAUAGACCUAUUGGCUUGAUCAAAAGUGCUAUUUCCUACAGUUGUCAUGUUUAAGAGAAAUCUUGUGCUAUUUUUGAGCUGAGCUAAUAAUAUUCUAUUCUAGAAAGUUGAACUACUAUAUUGUCUCAACUUGAAUUACCUUGUUUUAAAAUCAUGCUAGGACAACUAAUCCGUCCAAACACAAAAAAUUAGUUUCAAAAACUGAGUUUAUUUGUUCUAUAGUUCUCCAUUUUGAAUCAUAAUUACAUCAUCAGAGGUGAUCUGUAACUGCGAUGGAUAACGUGUAAAAAGAUGUUUAAACAAUCAUUUUAAAGCAACAUCCUUUUCCAAAGACAAAUCAUUUGAUGACAAACCACUGUGUGUUGUAUUGCAACCAUCUGAGGGUAAUCUAAUCUCCUUUAAAGCUGGCAGUAAAAAAAGUGUCAGUAAAACUAGCACACCCACCAUCUAAUUUACUGACUUUUCUAUAGCUUGGAAAAGUCGAGUAAAAAGAAACCUGCGCAAUGAGCCAACUGCAACAGAAAUCGUACUUUAGCUAUCACGAAACGAAGUAGGUAUCCCAAGACAUUUUAAGAUGUCUCUUUUUACUUUCAAUCUUUAGAUUACACAAAUCUAUUUAGUAAACAAGCACUGAGAUUUCAAAACAUUGCUGAGAUGAGAUAAUUUCAGAGCAAAAGCAGGAUGUUGUAGGGUCUGUAUUUACUUAUUGAUUGUAGAAAAAAGACAUCUGAAGGAUAAUUCCUCCCCUGUCUCUCUUAACUUCUUACUGGCAUAAAAUCAAAGAUAUUGAAAAUAUAUUAGUCCUUCGAAAAGUGCAAUGCUGCAUUCUUCUUUGAUCAGACAUUUCUUCUCCUUAAUGGAGUGAUUAAACCCAAUGAAGUUGAAAGCUGAAUACAGUGCCAUUAUGCAAGCUAUUCCAGUGCAAUGGAGACAAAAUUUUUAUUGACUUGAUAUCAAGUUAAACUAUUUUAUCUAUUAAG